UUAUGCACAAAGCAAUACCACAAUACUGUUAAGCCGUGUAUAUUGUUAUUAUUUAUAGUUAUUUAACUAAAAAAAAAAACAGAGUCACAUAUUAGUGAAAAUUCAGUUUCUAAUCGGUGUUUAAAAUAAAUUGAUUUUCGUGUGAAUUAGUGUCUUGUUCAGCAAUGGAAAAUAUGGACGAAACUUCUUCAGAUGUCAAGGGGUUUAACUCGAACCCUUCAAAUACGAGCAAUCCCAUCUUUGUUCCUGAAGAUGAGGGCCUGAAGUUCGACAAAGAUGCUCUGUACUACAACAUGAGCGGUGAAAAGUAUCUAAUCAUUCUGAAUCACCAUACCUUCAAGAAGACUAGAUAUUUCAAAAAUCAGCAGCCUAGCACAAGGAAUGGUACUGACAAUGAUGUGAAGAGCUUAAAGACGUUGUUCGGGAACCUCGGCUUUGAAGUCAUCGUUUUCAGAGACUUAGAGUACGAAGAGAUUAUCAAGAAUCUUAAAGCCAUUGCCACAAAAGACCACUCACGAACCUCGUGCAUGUGUGUCACAAUCCUGAGCCAUGGAGACCAGGGUGGAGAAGUUCACGCAGCUGACAGACCCUACCUCCUCACAGAUGUCUUCAGCAUGUUCGAGAAGCAGCUGGGUCUGGUCAACAAACCUAAGCUGUUCUUCGUUCAGGCGUGCAGGGGUGCUAGUAUGGAUGCUGGCAACACUGUGGCGCUGGACGGCGAAGCUUCAUUCACCGUGCCCACUCAUGCUGACUUCCUCGUCUUGCGCUCCUCUGUUGAAGACUACCUCUCCUACCGCGACGCAAACGGUUCCUGGAUGAUCCAAGCCCUCUGCCACGUCGUUCAGAAACACCACGAAGACCUGGACCUUCUCCACAUGAUUACCCUGGUGCACCGGCAUGUGGCGUACGAGAGGACCACAUACACGCCUUCCAACAGAGCCAUGAAUAACAAGAAACAAAUGCCGGAGACCAGGUUCACGCUGACCAAGCUGCUGAAAUUUUGAGGGAGCUUCGAAGCGUGGGUGCUUCGAAUGUCAAUGUUUUUAAAUAAUUAGUAAAGUAAUCUUUAAUAAAUUAUAUUAUUAUAUUAUAAAUCCAAAAGUAACUAUCUGUCUGUUGGUCUCUAAUAUUGAUACUGCUGUACCGAUUACACAGAUAGUCUGGAAACUGAGGAAGGAUAAUAAAUACCUGAAAGGAUUUUAUGUGGAUGCGGGAUGUAGUUCCAUCGGGAACACGCAAGUUGUCAAUAAUGUGUUGUUCUGUUUUGUUUCAUGCACAUGGACUAUGUAUUAAGUUAUUUCUGUAACCUACAAUAAAUUAAAUUAUCAUCAUUA